AUGCUCUGCGACAUUCUACUGCGUGCUCUUCCACGGGACAUAGUCGUUCAGUAUCAUCGGUCGUGUGCCGUCCAGGUGGCAUGUGACUCGAGAAGUGAUGCUACUCCCGUGGGACUGGAUGGUCUGCUCAACUUCCUGGGCAUUGAGCUGGAAAGCUUAGAGAAGAGCGAUUUCAAUGACGCUGGAAGACGAGAAUUCGGAACAACGCCCGCGGCAAGUCAGUUGACGUAUUCUCGCCGUGGGAAACCUACGUCAUCUGUGCUUCACAGCAACGCGUCAAGGGAACCAAAAAAGGACAACUGCGUCUUCUGCUCGUCCAGUCAACACAAAUCUGAACUGUGCACAGCUGAGUUACCACUGACGCAGAAAAAAGAACUACUGUCCAAUGACAAGAGGUGUUUCCGCUGCACCACCAAAGGACAUCGGGCACGGGACUGCAAAAGGAAGAUCUCCUGCUCGAGAUGCCAAGCGCGACACGCUACAAGCAUGUGUGAUCCCGACAGGUGUUCGCGGAAGACAGACUAUGUCAACAAGAACGACGGAAAAACUACGACAGUCUGCGCAUCACUUGGAAAACGACCACCAAAUGAAGGUUCCAUCGCUUGUGUCUUUCUCCAGACUUUCCGAGCAUGGGCCAUAAAUGAUGACACGUGCCGCUACAUACGAGGAGUUUUUGAUGGCGGCAGUCAGAGCACCUUCAUAACUGAAACCUUGUCCAAGCACCUUCAGCUGAAAAGUGUGGGAACUACUCGGAUAGCACUCAACACUUUCGCGAGUGCAUCAGACCAAGAGGCUAAGAGGCGUCGGAUCGUCGAACUGCGACUGCGGAGUCAGUUUUCCGACCAGGAGAUAGUCCUAGCAGCAAUAGAGAUCCCACACAUCUACCAGGACAUCGAAGAGACAACAAUGGACGCAGCCUUCGUCGCUUCUUUCAAGAAGCGUGCAAAUAAUCAACAUACAUUGCGUGCUCGCUUAAUGUCAAGCCUAGAGAGAGAGAGGUAA